AUGUCUGCCCCCUCGACGUCCGCUCCUGUGAACCCUCUGGACCUCCUCCCGAAGGUCCCGUCUCUCGACAAUACCUUUGGGGUGUUCCUGAUCGCUACGUUUAUCGGACUUGUCAUGUAUGGACUCACCAUACAUCAGACGUACAGAUAUUUCCGACUCUUCCCUGGAGAUGCCCUGGUGUUGAGAGCGAUCGUUGUCGCAACAAUCGUUCUGGAGACUGUUCAUAUCGUCUUGUGCAUGCAUGUUUGCUACUACUAUCUGGUGACCAAUUACUUCGACCCCCUUGCUCUGCUUGACGGAGUUUGGUCUAUUCGAAUUUUACCGGUUUCCACGGUGGCGGUGAUCAUCGUCUCCGAGAGCUUCUUCACUCGUCGGGUCUACCUCAUUGGGGGCCAUUUCCGAGUGCUCGUAGUAGUCGCGCCCAUCCUCAUGCUAGCCAUUUUUGGCUUCGGCGUUGCCGCGGCGGCCGAAGCGUUCAUCCGGCCCACGUUCGCAUCAUUUGAGGAGGUUGCGUGGAUGACGUCGGCAGGAUUUGGCGUCGCUGUCCUCGUCGACUCCCUGCUCACGGGGACGUUGAUUCACGUCCUGCAGAAAAGCCGAACGGGGUUCAAGAGGACGGACUCGUUGAUUGAUGUGCUGAUCAUCUAUGCAGUCAACACGGGGCUUCUGACGGGGAUCUUUAGCCUUCUGUCGUUCAUUUUUGCCCUGGUGAUGCCCAAGAACCUCAUCUAUUCAGGCUUCAACAUCAUCGCAGCGAAACUCUACGCCAACUCUCUGUUGGCAGUGUUGAACUCGCGCAAGGGGCUCAUGGACAAGGUCCAGGACGACUGCUUCGCCUCCUCUCUCAAUCUGUCGGCGCUGAAGGACCGCUCGACGUCGGCGCAGACCUGGAACGUUCCUCAGCUGCCACACACCCACAGGAUCCCGAACGUCAACGCAAGUGCGAUCACGAUGGACUCGGCGCUCGAGAUCAAGGUCCACACGGAGCAGUCUAUCGGUUGCGCGCCCGACGCAGAAAGCAUGGAAAUGGUGACAAGGGAUGUAGAGGCAAAGGGGGCGGAGCGGGCGUACUUUGGGUAG